UCCACCACUGCACUUUCGGCAUCGCUCGCCACCCCUCCAGGCCCCACGGCGGCAGGAUGCGACCCGUGCUGGUGGCGUGCAUGGUCCUGAGCCUGGUGGCGGGGCCAGGGGCUGGGGAUGGGUGCCAGGACCCCCCCGCCCCGUCCUUCUCCCGCUCCGUCCCCGCGCCCCAGCUGAGCGCCGAGGAGCUGCACUCGCCCCACAUGCCCGAGUCCCUGCGCUGCGACGCCUGCUACGCCAUCGCCUUCCAGCUGGAGGAGCAGCUGAGCAAGGCGGAGGCGAAGCUGGGCAGGAAGGCGCUGCGCGAGUCUGACUACGUGGAGGUGCUGGAGAGGAGCUGCUCGCAGAGCUGGGAGCUCUACGGCGUGCAAGAGCUGAACGGGGAGAAGCGGCUGACGGGGCCGGGACUGCAGAGCCAGCAGCCCCUGAGCGUGGCGAUGACGGGGGGCCCGUGGCCCAGCAGGCUGGCCAAGAUGUGCCACAGCUUCGUGGGCGAGCAGGGCGAGGAGCAGCUCUAUGGGGCACACCGACGAGGCCCCUUGGCGCUGCGGGAGCUGCUGUGCCACGGCGAGAAGGGGCCCUGUGCCCCUCCAGCAGGGGGCAAAGCGGGGCGCCCGGCCCCCCCCAAGGCGCUGCAGAACGAGCUGUAGCCCCCGGCCCAGCCCCGGGGCCUUGGGGAGCCGCCACCGCACCCACGGGCGCAGUUAAUGCUUAAUGCCCCAGCGACCUUUGGAGCCGACUUCGUACCCACAGCACCAGGACACGUGCGACGAGGAUGCCGAGGGAGGUGGCCACCACCCCGCUGUCACCGGCCACCACCAAGCUGGGGACACCGCGCCGCUGCUCGUCCCUGUCCCCAUCGCAGCGCCGCGUCCGCGGGGACAUCGCCAGUGGCACCCGGUGCCCCGUGCCGCCGACCCGGCCGUUACUCUGUAACCCGCCCGCUCUAAUGUUUUACCAAAUCGGUGCUAACGGCGGUGCCAGCCCUAAUUAAAGCAGUUAAUCGCUCA